AUGGCGUACCGGGAGCUGGUGCGGCGCUGGCACGAGGGGGUGCGGGCGGCGGACCGCGGGCACUGGGACGCGGCCCUGGAGAGCUUCGGCGCCAUCCCCGACCCUCCGGCGCGGAUCUGCUUCAACAUGGGCUGCGUGCAGCUGCUGGCCCGGCGACCAGAGGCGGCUCUGAGGGCCUUCGACCAGACCGUAGCAAAGGACAAUUCCCUGGCUGUGGGCUACUUCCAGAGAGGGCUGGUCCACCUGCAGCUGGAAAUGUUUGAGGAGGCUCUCUCUGACUAUCACAUGGCCUUCCGUCACCUGAGGCAGAACCCCUUCAUCGACUACAAGCAGUUGGGGCUGAGGCACAUCCUCUAUGCCUGGGAGGUGCUGUACAGCACUGCAGCAGUGCAGUGCCACCUGCAGCAGUGGCAGGAGGCCACAGUCACUCUCGAGAAGGCUGUUGUGUGGAGACCUGAGAGAAGAACAGCAGUCCUGGACCUGGCCCUCGAGCGGGUGCAGGACCACCUGCUUUUAGAGCCCAUGCAGGUUCCUCUCGGGGAACUUUUUAGACCACGGAAGAAGGAAGUUGAACAGUUGGAUUCCAAAGAUUUCCUGGGUAAACCCAAGGUGAUCUCGUCCAUCAUUCCCAAUGAUGAGUACAUUGGCUUUGAGCCUCUCAGGCCUCAGAAACAGGGCUUUUAUGAACCCAGCACUGAUGCUCUGCGGGACAGUGAGGCAGGAUACCAUCGAGUCUUGUCCCAGUACUGCCCCGAGCAGGCGCAGGAGCCGGUGGUGAAGGGCGGCAGUUUGGUGUUUGUGCUGAGCAGGGGAGCAGAUGGCUGGGCCACAGCCAUCCACGAUGGACAGAAGCUGCACAUCCCAAGCUCUCUCCUGGAGCCUGUCUCAAGGAUGGAUAAAUGGAAGAUCAGCAGUGGGAUCCCCCUUCCUCCUGCCCAGGUGCCUCCCAGCCGCCUGCAUGUGAAGCAGAAGCGAGAGUCUCCUGGGGGAGAAAAUGCCUUUUCCAGUGAUGCCAGUGCCCAGAUGGACUCCAAGGUCCCCGGGAGCCGCGGAGAGGCCCGGCCAGUGGUGCUGCGGGCGCGCUGCGAGUGCACUCUGGUGCUGCGGGCGGGGGAGCUGCCGGCCCUGCCCGCCCUGCGGGCGCUGCUGCGGGAGCGCUUCGGGCAGCAGGCACAGCGGGGCACUCUGAGCUACAGGCACCCGGAUGGCACUGAGCUGGGCACAGUCUCGGGAGAGGAGGAUCUGGGGAGGAUGUGGCAGCAGCUGACAGAUGGCAGGGUGACACUCUGCUGCCAGGACUCGGACUCUCACUCGGGCAGACCUGUCCUGUACCAGAUGCUGGCUCAACACUCUUACCUGGCACAGGGACCAGGAGACCUGGAGUUCAGCAAGGGAGAUGUGCUGGAUAUCCUCUCUGAAGUGAACGAGGACUGGCUGGAAGGAUGCUGCAAUGGCAAGACUGGCAUCUUCCCCAAGUGCUUUGCCACCCAGACCGGCUGUGGUGCUGCCUUCCUAUAGCAAACAGGAGCCUUUUCCUGCCUGACUGCACUCCCAGGAAUGGGAGAUACCGAUCCCAGCUCACUCAGGCCCCAGCCAGCCCAGCCAGGAGCUCUGCUGAACCUGGACAGGGGUAUCUCCUGCUCACAGAUCCCACGGGGUCAGUCCAGCAGUCUGACAGCAUUUCCCACAGCCUGUCCCCAGACCCUGUGAUUACACUGCCAAAGAUGUGUCUGUGCAGAGCAGAGGGAGGGAUCUGGUAUUUGGCUGUGGGAAUUGUCCAUGUGGCAGCCCAGACCUCUGGGUUGGGAAGAUGUUCCUCUGGGUGGGAAGAGGUUCCGCUGGGUGAAGGUCUUCAUCCCCUCUCCCUUGUUGCUCACAUUCAGGCUGGGAAGGCUGAGCCUCACUCUAACAAAGCCAAGGAUGGCUGCCUGGGAGCAGGAGGCAGAGCCCUCAGGUGACAUAACCUUAUCUCCACCAGCAGAGAUGCAGCAGAGAUGCUGCUCCUUCAGAAGGCUUUGGGGACCAGUUUGCAGUGGGGUUAAUGGGAUAACACCAUGGGUUAGGAUCACCAUGCUUCCACAGCAAAUACCUUAUGAUCUGAGCAUUCUUCAGCCCAGGUGCCUUCGGUUCUUUUCUUAAGCCCCCAGUCCAAGGUGGGGCAUUGCAGCCCAGAGGAGAGGGAAUUGCAGAGACCUGCCCUGCUCAGAGCAGCUCCAGGCUAUGGGAGAGCCCUGGAGGCCCUGGGGAGAGGGCUGGGAAGUGCAGCCGUGGGCUGGUGCUGCAGGGACCGAAAGGGCUGCCAAGUUCCUGCAGCUGAGCUGGGCUGGGCUUUGCUGAUCUAAAUAAAACACUCAAGUGUCUGGAGCUGGAACCCAUUCUGGAUUUGGAGUCUGACAAAGCUGGGCUAUGCAACUUGAAUAUAAAAUAAACC